CACAUCAAGAAACCAAUUGCUCCUUCGUUUGUGGCAGAAUGGGCCAUUGCCAACAAGGCCUGAAACUCAAAGUCAAAGUUCAAGCUCAGUCCAACAACACUGGAACUUCUCCUCCACCUAUUUCUCCACCAUGCCCUCAUUCUCCUCCUAGUCCACCUGAUGAUAAUGGCUCAACCAAAUGUAGAAGUGAAGCUGCUGGACCAAGUGUUGUUGAUCUAGAAUUCCAUGAUUCACUUUCUGAAGAUGCACUUCAACAAGCUGUCUUUGAGGUAAAGUCUUUUGAUAAUCAGAUUUCAAUUUUUUCAUAUCUUGGUGAUGCUGAGAUUCAUGAAACCGAAGUCAGUUUGAGCAAUCGAAAGCUUAGUCCAUCACGGCAAUGCGUAAGCUCAGGGCCUUGUUUUUUAAUUCUCCUUUGAUUUUUUAUGAUUUCAAACAGAAAAGACCAUUCUCAUUCAAGACUUCGUUUGGAUUCUCCAUUUCCACUCUUGCAAAACCAGAGUAUUUUGGUCACGGAAUUUCUUUCAUUAUAAGCCCAGCAAUAGCUUCUAGAGAUGGUCCGUUUGCGUACCCUAAGAAUUUCUUUGGAUUGUCAAUUGAUACCAAUCUGGAUCCAUUUGGUACACCAACUGAACUGUACAUUCGACUGUUUAACAACAGUUCCUCCGCUUUAGCUUCUGCAAAAUUUAUCGAAGAUAUACGUAGCGGUGAGGAGUUUACAUGUUGGGUAGAAUUUGAAGCUAUAACAGAUAUCAUGAUGGUUUAUCUUGACGUAGGAUUUAUCAAACCAGUACAGCCCUUGUUAGUAACUAGAGGUGAAGCACUUGAUCCAUUAAGUUCAAAUAAUGGAAUCCAUUUUGUCGGAUUGACUGGUUCAUCAAAUGGAUGCACAGAGGUUUAUCAGAUUCAUUCCUGGGCUCUUAAGAUGGAGCAGAAUAAGGUUGAAGAGGAGGUUAAUUUGGAGCAGUAGAUCUAUGCACGGUAUAAAGCUUAUACGGAUAAUACUAUACUUUCAACUUUAGUAGUGAUCGCAGCUUUUGUAGUAGGUGUAGCAGGGGCAUCUCUGUACUUAGACCAGAAAAAAUUGAAGGUGCAAGGGCUGCAGUGACAGUUGUUUUUCUUUAUGUUUCCUAUUAUCAAUUUUGACAUUUGUUUCA